GAAUGCAUUAAACUGGUCAGUAGAAUGGGUGGGAGGGUAUAAGGGGGAAAGCAUGCAGGCAGACGAUGAAGCCAAAAUAAUAUAGAUACAAGAUGUACCUACAGUGAGCAAGGUGUGGGAGAGCGACUACAGUGACCAGUGCUCUUAGAUAUGCGAAACAAUAGACAUAAGUAGUGGACUUGACAGGAUUGUAGACAGUCAAAUUAAAAAUAGGACACUCGAAUCUGUUUACCAAAUUAGAAGAAAUAAAUUUAUUAAAUAUUUUAUAAACCGAAAUUGCAAAUAAAUGCAGAAUAAGGAGAUUUAGAAGUAAAAUAAACGGAUCUAGAAUCUAAAUCUGUAUAAACAAUUUAAAAGUGAACUUUCAUCGGACAAAAUUUUGUUACCAAAUGAACAGUAUUGUAAUCUUGAUGGCCAGAUUUUGUCCCAGUUGUGUUUUAAAAUAAAUUCAGGAUAAAGAGUAGACAAUGUUGGUCUGGAUUUUAUUACACGUCAGUGUGAUUGUGAUUGGGGUCAGGACGUUCCAUUUGUCUCGAGAGUGUCAUGAAAUGGUCUCCGACAUUGUUUUCCUGAUAGACUCUUCAUUCAGCCUUCACAAAGAUGAUUUCAAGAGUCAGCUGGUUUUCGUGAAAGCGAUGAUCGACUCUUUCCCAAUCGGCAAGGAUCGAAUCCAGGUUGGCGUGGUCUCCAUCGGAGCCUCGCACCACGAGAAUAUCGGGCUCGGGGAGUAUAACAACAAUCACGAGCUGAAGAUAGCUGUCGGUGAUAUCAAACAUCUGGCCGAACUGUCCAGGACCCAUCUGGCCCUACGUCACGUUCACACAAAUAUGUUCAGACCCGAACAUGGUGGGCGGCCAGGGGCGAAGCAUCAGAUCAUCCUUAUAUCGGAUGGAAGGUCGGACGACGAGAAUGCCACGCUGCAGGAGGCCUCCGAGGCCAGGCGUAAAAACAUUGAGAUUUUUAGCGUGGGUGUUGGUCACUCCGUCAACACGUUUGAGUUAAGGGCUGUGGCCAGCGAGCCCAAACACAGUCACGUGUUCAAGGUGGAUAACUUUGAAGCCUUGCAGAGCAUUAUCAAAACAUUGGUUACCUCCGCUUGUCACAAUAAUCAUGAUCAUGAGAUUCAAGAGACUGUCCAUGAAUGUCUGGAUAAGGCAGCUGAUGUUGUCUUUGUCCUAGACGGCUCCAGUAGCAUGUGGGUGCCCGAUUUCUUGGUGCUGGAAAAGUUUGUUUCCAACGUCAGUCAAAGCUUUGACAUCGCACCAAACCUGACUCGCGUGGGUGUGAUAGCCUACAGCGACACUCCCAUCUUGGUGGUCAACCCGAACGACAUCCACACCAAGGCAGACCUACACCACCACCAAAAAAUCCCUCACAUCAGCGGCAACACCAACACGGCCAUGGCUUUGGAGGCGGCUUGGAGCAAACUGUUAGAAGAAGGAAAGAGCAACAGGCCGGACGCUGCCCAAAUCUUGAUUCUGCUGACAGAUGGCCACUCUGACGACAAUGAUGAAGCCUUGAGGGAAGCUAAAUAUCUGCAUUCUAAGGGCGUUGAGGUUUUCGUCGUGGCUCUCGGUGGUAAGACUAACAGCGAGAAUCUCGGACAUCUUGCCAAUUCAGGGGAAUAUAUCUUUCAUGUGGAGAAAGCAAAAGAGCUUCCAAACAUAAUCAGUCAGUUAACAAGCAGAGCUUGUCAUGUGAUGCCUUCACUCGGAUCUUCUGGAAUGUUUGCUCACUGCCCACAAGUGACCACAGACGUCGUUUUUAUCUAUGACAGAAACAGUGUCAAUGGCCCACACCACGACUUUAUCCUAAGGACCCUCAACGAAGUGGUCUCAUCAAGCGGUCUGCAAAGUGGUGAUGACCUGCGUUUUGGGGUCAUUCGGGAUGCACCAAGAGAGAGCGAAAGUUCUUCCGACAUUGAACUGACCAAUCAGUGGACAGCCGCCUAUUUCAGAAACGAAUUAGAUUUAGAUACGAAACGGGCAGAGAUCGACCUACUUCUUCAGAAAGUCAGAAUUCGCUAUUUCCUGCCUUUGACUCGAGUGGCCCAGAAAAAAAUUGUGGUUUUGUUCGUGGAUUCGAACCUCGCCAACAACAUCGGAGCAACGCUCGAAGCCAUGCGCUUGAAGAGGUCCGAUGUCCGAAUUGUGGUCGUCACCCUUGGGAAACAUGUGGACAUGAAACAGAUUCCGAAGUUAGCGUCUCUACCGCACAGUCAGUAUAUAAUCGAGAUACCGUUCAUUCAUAAACACACAAUACAACAUGUGACUGAGAAAUUGAUCAAGAUAUUAUGUGACUGAGAGGUGAGGACUCUCUCUCUCUCCUAACAACUAUCUAUUUGCACAAGAUUAAGUAACAUUUCAUCGCAUUAAAGGCUUCUUAUGACAUUGCCAAUGCCAUGGAAUAUAUAAUAUGGAAUCUAUAAGAAAAACAGUUAUUGAAACACCACAAGGUUAACAAGUAGAAAAAGGCUUAUUGGUGCUUUGAGGGGCAUUUAGGUGGCUUCCACUUGUGACGUCCCUUUUGUUUUUGUUUUUUUUUAAAUGUGAUUCAUGUUUUUUUUUUUCCAAACCUUUAGGUCAAUAUAAUCUUUUGCUGUAUAAGUCAAAUUAUCUAUGACGUUUUUAAGUUAUAAAAAAUUAUCAUUAACAAGUUAAUAACCUUUUCCACUCCAGCUAAAUCCAAAUCAUUAUAUUGAAUUCCAGAUCUUAAGAAUUUUAUUUAUUGCUCAUUAUGAUAACCAGUAUUUCUUUAUAUUUAUUUAUAUAAAUAUUUAUAUCCAUCAAAAAUAGCAUAGAUUUAUAAUUAUAAUGUCCUAGUCUUAUUUAUUGUGCGCAAGACACAAAUACUAAUUUGAAAGUGUUUUACUUUGGGAUUAUUGGAAACAAAAUUGUUUGUUAUUUACAAUGUUCUUACUGAGUUUCUGACUCGUUUUUACUGGAAUACUUGAGCAAUGAUCACUGUCAAAGCCUUGUUUAUUGUAGAGUGGGAGGAGAGGGAGAAAUCAUUGUAUUGACAAUGUACGUUUUGUAUAUACUAAUGAACUAUAGCGCAUUUCUUGUUGAACUUUUGUGACCUACAUACUUUAUUGUGACCUACAUAUUUUAUUCUGAUCUACACACUUUAUUCUGA